AUGUCCAAGGACAGGGAUGAAAACGGUGGUAGCACUGCUCCAGCUCGAGAGAAGAGAAAACGUUCAACCAGUGAUUCUGCUGGAAGAACAGCGGCUGAGCGAAAACUGGCGCAUGCAGACUACACCGUCGGCUGGAUCUGUGCUCUGCAGAUCGAGUACGUUGCCGCGCAGAUUUUUCUUGACCAGGUCCAUCAAGCCCCGGAACAUGUGCACCCUCAUGACGAUAAUUGCUAUGCAUUGGGCAGGAUAGGACGCCACAAUAUAGUCAUUGCCGUUUUGCCCAAUGGAGAAUACGGAAUUUCCAGUGCUACGGGCGUUGCAAAGAAUAUGCUGAGCAGCUUUCCUAAUGUUCGAAUCGGCCUCAUGGUUGGUAUCGGUGGCGGCGCUCCAAGCGAGAAGCAUGAUAUACGGCUUGGUGACGUUGUGGUUAGUGCUCCUCGCGACGGAACUGGAGGCGUUUUCCAGUAUGACUUUGGCAAAGCGAUCCAAGAUGGGACUCUUCAUACAACAGGGUUUCUGAACCAGCCGCCAACGUUUCUCUUAACUGCAGUGAAUGGACUUGAAACAGACUACGAGAUCCACGGUCACCAACUUGAGGAGAGCAUCAAUGACGUUCUUGAGAAAUUACCGAGGCUGCGUCGAAAGUAUGCGCGACCGCUGCCAAGCACUGACAGACUAUAUCAAUCAGCAGCGAUUCAUCCAUUGACUAUCGAGGAAAAUUGCCCAAAUUGCUGUGACAAUGACUCGUCGAAUAUAAUAGUACGUGUCGACCGAACUCAGGAAGACGACAACCCAGCUAUUCACCAUGGCUUGAUUGCCUCGGCAAACCAAGUGAUGAAGGACGCCCUGAUACGAGACAAACUAAUCAAGGAGAAAGAUGUCUUAUGCUUUGAAAUGGAAGCAGCUGGACUAAUGAAUCAGUUUCCUUGCUUAGUUAUUCGUGGCAUCUGCGAUUACUCUGAUUCUCAUAAGAAUAAAGAGUGGCAAGGCUACGCAGCAAUGGCAGCCGCAGCUUACACCAAGGACCUUUUAUCCAGAAUCCCCCCCAAUAAGGUUGAGGAGGAAAAUCGGAUCAUCGAUGUCCUAAAAAGUCAGUGUCAACUAGUCAAUAAUGUCUUUGAUGGCGUUGAAAAGCUUCUCAGCGUACAUUACGAUCAAGAGCACCAGAACAUUCUCAAGUGGCUCGCACCUAUUGACUUCGCCAUCCAGCAGAGCGAGUAUAUCAAGAUCCGUCAGCGAGGGACUUGUCAUUGGUUUCUUGCCUCGGACGAAUAUUUGUCUUGGCUCAAGUCUGACAACCAGACGCUAUUCUGCCCCGGAGUUCCUGGAGCCGGCAAAACUAUCAUGAGCGCAGCAGUUAUCGAUGACCUCCUUUACGGCCGAUAUAAAGAUGACGCCAGUGUAGGAAUAUCGUACCUAUACUGCGAUUUCAGGAGGCAUAACGAGCAGAAAACAAACGAUCUUAUCGCGAACCUACUUAAACAGCUAAUUCAGAAGCAAAGGAGGAUACCUGAUUGUGUGCAGAUUCUCUAUGACGAGUAUAACGAAAUACAAAAAAGGCCGUCUUUGACUGAGCUGCUAGAAGCAUUGCAUUCUGUCAGCAGUCUUUACUCUAAAGUCUUCAUCCUUGUCGAUGCACUAGAUGAGUGUCAAGAAACAGAUGGAUGUCGCAAAAUCUUUUUAUCGGAGAUUCUGAAGCUUCAAAGAGAAACGAAUGUAAAUAUAUUUGCGACUUCGAGAUUUGUCCAGGAGAUUGCCGAUACUUUUGACCAAAGUGUUCACUUCGAAAUCAGAGCCAAAGAUGAGGAUGUGCAAGCAUUUCUUGAUAGCCGUAUGGAUAGGCUUCCAAAUUUUAUAUUGACAAAGCCAGAUUUACAAAAUGAGAUAAAAACCAAAAUAUCUCAACUUUCUGAUGGAAUGUUUCUUCUUGUGAGGCUUCAUGUUGACUCUUUAGCCCGGCUACCGACAGUAGGCGAUAUCAGACAAGCGUUGCGAAAUUUACCUCGUUCACUAGGAAAGAUAUAUCAGCAAGCAAUAACAAGGAUCGAAAGCCAGGGGCAACAUUUGUGUCAAUUAGCAAGAAAAGUCAUAUCCUGGCUCAUCCACGCAAAAAGAGUACUCUCCAUGACUGAACUCCAACACGCCGUUGCAGUCAAGACGGGAAAUCUGGAAUUAGAUGAGGAGUUCAUUCCUGACAGAGAAACCAUGGCUUCCAUCUAUGCCGGCCUCGUCACGCACGACACCGAGAGAGAUGUCUUGCGAUUAGCACACUAUACAAUUCAAGACUACUUUGAGAAGGAAGGGAAAUUCUGGAUUUCGGAUGCAGAGACAGAUAUCACCACAGUCUGCGUCACCUAUCUCUCGUUUCACGCAUUUGAAGGCGGCAUCUGCAAGACGCAGUUUGAGUACGACCAGCGGCUGGCAUCAAACGUGCUAUACCACUAUGCUGCGAAUUACUGGGGUCACCAUGCUCGUGCAUCUACAAACACACAGCCGAUCCUAGAGUUUCUCCAUUCCAAGGCCAAGGUAUCUGCCGCCGACCAGGCGCUGGAAAGGGGCCGGAGAUUCUUCGACGACCUUGGGGGCGGGAAAAUAGGCUUUCAUCUUGCAGCGCAUUUCGGAUUGGAGAAUAUAGCGACGCGCCUACUCGAAGACGGGCAGAGUGUGAAUGCCAGAGACCAUCGCGGAUACACACCAAUCGUUUGCGCCAUUAGAGGAGGGCACCAGGGCAUGGUCGAGCAUCUGCUCAGAAUCGGCGCCAAGGCCAACAGUAAGGACUACCGGGGCCGCACGCCGCUUUUUGAGGCAAUUAGCCAUGCGGACGACGCCGUCGUCAAGCUGCUGCUGGGAAAUGGUGCAACAGUCAAAAUGGCCGACUGGAAGGGCCGGACACCACUCUAUUACGCUUCAGACAUUGGUGACAUAGGCAUAGCCAUGCUACUGCUGCAAAGCGGUGCUGACGUUGACGUGCCGAAUAACUAUGGCCAAACCCCGCUGUUUCAGGCUUCCGGUAGCGGGCAUGAGGACAUCGUCAGGCUUCUGCUCAAUCUCGGUGCUGAAAUUGAUGCAGCAGAUCAGGACGGCCGGACGCCGCUCCUUUGCACUUCGCAAUGGGGACAUGCGAAUAUCGCCAAGGUGCUGAUAGAAAACGGCGCCGAAAUUGACGCGCCGGAUAAUGACGGCCAGACGCCGCUUGCUGCUGCGUCCAGUCUCGGGCACAAGGACGUCGUCAAGGUCUUGCUGGAAAAUGGCGCUGGGGUUCAUGCAGUAAAUGCAGAUGGCCAUACGCCGCUAUGUUUGGCAAAUUUUCAUGGGCGCAAGGAGAUUCUCAAGCUGCUGCUAGAGCAUGGAGCUGGUGCUGGUGCUAUAGAAUUUGACACGGAAUCAUAG